AUGACUUCUACUUCUUACAGCGAAGAUGUAAGCGCUUCCUCUUCCAUGGAAGGUAUGCCAGUCGUAACAGCUGUUCAUUCGCAAACUUCUCAACAACAACAACAAAACCUCAAUCCUACCACUCAUGGUGGUUCCAUUUAUCUUUCUGAGAGUGCCAAUCAGACAGCCACAACAAAUACGAGUAGUUCUGAUGGCUAUUCAAUUACUUCUCAAACCGUGGACAUGAUCUCGAAAAUGAUUGUCUCUUUGGAAGAUAGACACGUCAAAAAGGGUUGGAGAUUGUAUCUUGUUUAUGGUCUCAUGUACGCACAUUUGAUUUGGACUCAAAUGAUGGUUCCAACCAUUCGUGAUUAUCAAUGGGGUCCCUAUGGUGUCUAUGUUUUUCAAGUGUUGAAUUUUCCGACCUCCUUUCUUUUGGAUUGGAUUUCCUAUCGUGCAAACCUUGUUUUGGCUUGUAUUGUCAUGUUGUUCAUUCUCUUCAAUGUGGCACUUUUCAUCCUGGCAAUGAGAUUUACCAUAAAAACAAGCAAGUAUUUCAAAAAGUUGAAAACAAUUCUCAGGUUAUGCAGCUUUUUAUUGAGAUCGUUUUCAUUGACCAUGCUCUUUGUGUUACUUGGAUUUUUCGAUUGUGAUGUGAGAAACUUGAUCACAGUGACCAUCACUUCUGGUGGAUCCAAUACGGCUGUGACCCAAAUGGCAUCUUUAGAUCGAUUUUCUGGAACUGCUUGUACAGAGACGAUCAAUGCAAUUAUGAUGGCGAUUAGUGCUAUCGGAAUACUUGCUUUAUUGAUUCUAUAUCCUCUUUCGGAGCUAAUUUUGUCAAAUUCGAACCCUCACAGCAACAUUCCAUUGAUUAGAGACAAUUCUUUGGUGGUCAUGUUAGUUGGAGAACUUGCCAUGGUUCAAUUGUUGGCUUCUUUUUUGAUCCCAAAACAGUUUUCGUAUGCGUCUGCUGCUUUUCAUGUCCUUCUGAGUCUUGUAUCAUGCGCCUUAGUGUUCUACUUUAUUCCUUUUUUGAGAAGACUUGACAAUUCCUUGUAUUUUGGUGCGUGUUGUGGAAAAGUUGGAGCGAGUAUUGGUUCCUUAAUCUCUUCCACUGUCAAUAUGGAUUCUGACUUGCCAUCUUUUAACGAUGUGGGAGGUGGUUUUGCAGGCAUGACCAUAGGGUUGAUGAUGCUCUUGUUUGUGGCUGGAACAUGUUUUAUGGAGAUUUACUUAAGAUUUCAUGCAAAGAAGAUGAGAGAUUACUUGAUGAAUGCAGUGGUGACUUCUCAGACAGAUCUCGAUCUAUUUGAAAAGCAUCUCUUAUUUGGAAUUGAAAAAUCAGCUUCUUCUCUUUUCAAUGAUUUAGAAGAAUCGAAAGCAUUGUUGUCACUUAACAUUUUCUUAAAGUUGUCCUUAAAAAGUGGACAGAGAAACGUCAGAGGAAGUGAAUACUCGGAUUCUGAUCUCUCUUUGGCAUUUAUCAAAGGUCUUGCACAUCAGAAAUCAUUUAAUGAUAUCAACUUGCUGUUAAUCUUUGCAUUGAUCAUUCAAGUGAAAUGGCAAGGAGAAACGAAUUGUUCCAUCUUUGCUCAAAGUUUGUUAAGACGUGCCCUUAAACAACAUCCAAAUAUGUUUUACAAACUUUUCAUUCAAGAACGAAUGAAAGAGGUAGAAACCAUGUCACAAUCGAAUAAUGCGCUAUUUGAAGCAAGUGCUCAAAUUGAGACUUUGGAGAAAAAUCAAGCCGCUCUCUUAGCAUUGCAUCGUGAUUUUUGGAAAGAAUGUGCCAAUGAGAAUAUUAAUUAUGACACAAUUGAACGUAUUAUAAGGUCCAUCUAUGCUUUAAAAAGUGAGUGUAAAAGCACUCUUUCGAAUCUAUUAUUUAACUAUCCAAGUAACAAAACGAUCCUUCGAUUGAAUGCUAACUUUUUAGAGAACUUUGAAUUCAACAAAGAGCUUGCCCAACAACUCUUUACAGAGGUAAACUCGAUCGAAGAGGAUGAAACGAAAAAACGAAAAGGAUCACUUCCUUCCAAAAAAGGCAAUCGUGUGAUACCAACUUCAGAAUAUUACAACAAGUAUGAAAUUUCCAGUUCAGCUGUUCCUUUGGAUGAAAACUUUUCAGAAAUUGGUGGUGAAACUCGAGAUGAAGGUUUUGAGUUGGAAAGUGCUUUCGACAAUCCAUACAUGAAGAAGGAAACCAUCUUUCGCCAAGCGUUAUUCAAUUCCAGAGAUCACAAACUAUUUAGCAUUAUUUUAAUCGUUUAUUUUACGAUCACCAUUUGUAUCAUGAUUUCAACCAUUGCCUUAAGUGUUUACUAUUCUCAAGCGGUCAUGUCACAAAUUCCACAUGUGGAACAGGUGUGUUUUCCUGGAACUUUACCCAUGUCCAUUGUCAGAAAUAUCAGAGCCACUCAAAAUUGGGUGAAUGUUUUUUAUUUAUUUGGAUAUCCUUGGCCUUCCACUAAUGAAGGAUUUCCAACUAUUUCCAAAUUAUCUUAUAUCACAGAUCAUGUCUCUCAGUUGAAUAGAGCCAUUGAUUUUUUCAAUCGAUUAAUUGCUGCAGCACAAGCCAAUGUAUUCAGUGAUGACAUUUAUUAUGAUUAUUCACACAAUAUUUAUCCAUUAUACUUUCCCAAUGAAGAUCCCUUCGAAAAGAAUGUCUAUACAGGAACCUAUACAUCCAAGAAUGCAUCGAUUUAUGAAAUAACGAAUGCCUUCAUUGCAGCCACUCAAAAAGUAAUUUCAAACUAUCCACUCAAUACUCUAGUAGCGAUUGAGACUGGAAUUAACUCAUUUACAACCACACAGAAACUUCUUGAUCAAGUAGCUGCUUCUAGUUAUUUCCAUCCAUUAACUGAUUAUAAUUUCAUGUUUCUUUGGAUUAAUCGAGAGAAUGUAGCACUUGCGUAUGACAGUUUUUGCAGUUCCUAUUUGAAUCGAUCCUUUAGUGUCUUUAAUAACUCCAUGAAUGAGUUUAUCAUUUAUCUUUCCACCAUAUUAAGCUUCUUCUUUCUAUCGAGUCUUCUAUUCUUUGUUUACAUGUAUCACGAGCUCAAAUAUUUCAGAAAAGUUUCAAAACUCUUUGGAUCUCAAAUCCAAAAGGACGUGGUAGGCAAAAUCUUUCAAACAUUGAGCAAGAAAGCAGAAAGUGGAGCUGUCCAUCAAAGAAAGAAAUUCUCAAUGAGCAAGGCGAGUGCAAAAUAUGUCACACUCUCUCUGUUUAUGUUCUCAGUAAUUGUUGUGGCAGUUUGUGUGGCAUUCAUGUUCAUGGAGAGCGAAUUGAACACAAAAACAUCCUCAUUGACAAUGUCGAAGGUUAGGUUAAGCAUUCAAGCUGCAACAUCUGUAGAAAGAGCAAGUAUUAACAUUGGUGAAACAUUUACCUAUUUUGGAGCUUCUGAAAUGACAAAAUCCAAUUCUGUCUUGUCACAUCUCUUCAAUCGAACGGUGAAUUUUGGAGAUACUAAAUUAUGGAACACCACAAACUUUGAUUUUUUAAUCGCAAGAAUCACCAGAAGAACUCAAGAACUGACUAGACAAUUCUCAUCUCUCAUUUACGGAGACGCUUCUCAAGGACUAACUCCAAUUAUUGGACAAUAUCCUGCAGUGGACACGAUCAUUACAGUCGGUACAAAAAAUUGCACAGAUUACAUGCAAAAAAACAACAUUUCUCUCACUUUUACAAGUAAUUUAUUGUACUGUCGAGGUAUGGAAAAAGUGUUGGCUGAUUUUGUGACACUUUCCUCUCAAGUGAUCACUGAUUCAAGAAAGGCAUAUCUUCUUCAACAAGAUGCACUUGCUAAUAGGACUCUAUUGAGUCCUGCCAAACUUGCCAUGCAACACUACACAGUUUUCAGAGGUGCGGUUCCAUUAUUGAACAAGUUUGUUACAUUUAUUCGAGAAUUUGUUAAGAGUUCCUCUCAACCUUCUUCCAUCAUUGUCACAAUGGCAGGAAUAUUUGGAAUUUUGUUGACCAUUUCAAGCUUUGUAGGAAUUUGGUACAUGUUUUCAAAUUAUUGGAAUCAUAUACAAACAUUAAGAUUGAUGUUCAACUACAUUCCAAUUGAAAUAUUGGAUCGAAAUGAGAUACUUCGCGAGUACAUGCUCAAUCACUCUGUGAAUGUCAUCACAAAAAAGAAAAAGUCGAAUCAUGACGAUGACUCUUUACAUAAUUUGAAGGUUACUUUCAAUUCCAGUGUGGAGGGUGCAAUCAUUUGUUCAGAAAAUGGUGAAAUGGAAUUAUUCAAUGUAUCAGGUUUGAGAAUGUUUGGUAUGAAGACGAUCGAUAUUUUGGGAAUUUCAAUUUAUGAACUUUUUGAUGAAUCUGCAAGAGCAGACAUAAAGAAACGAGUCGAUGCAUUGGUAGGAAAAGCCAAACAAAUGGGUGAAGAUUCCAAUAGUGGUAAUAGUGAGGACGAGGCGACAUUUGACAGCCAGCCUGUGGAAGUGAUCGAAGUGGAUGGCAUACGAAAGAAUAGAACCAAGUUUCCAGGAAAGUUCACUUUUCAUUGUGUGAAAUUAGAAGGAAGAAUUGGAAUCUCCAUUGUUGUCACAUUCAAAGACAUUACAUUGGAAAAGAAACAAAAUACCUUGUUGUUUGAGGAAAAACAACGAUCUGAAAAUUUAUUGAAGAAUAUUCUUCCAACAGCUGUUGCCAAUCGACUGAAAACUGGAGGUGAUUCAUUCAUUGCUGAGGCAAUUAAUGAUGUCACUUGUUUCUUUAGUGAUAUGGUUGGAUUUACAAGGAUCAGUUCGGCCAUGCAAGCAUCGGAAUUAGUUUUGAUGCUUAAUACGAUUGUGAUUGGAUUUGAUCUAUUGACCGAAAAGUAUGAAAUUGAAAAAAUCAAAACCAUUGGAGAUGCGUAUUUCUGUGUGGGAGGUUUACAUAAUUCUCAGAAGGGUCAUAUCAACUCACUGGAUCAUCCUGAACGAGUGCUCAAAUUUGCCAUUGAGACAUUUGGAGUGAUUCAUCACUAUAAUAGCCAUAAAAAGGAAAAUCAAGAAAUUGGAAUUAGAAUUGGUAUUAACAGUGGUCCCAUUGUGGCAGGUGUGAUCGGGAAGAAAAAGUUUGCCUAUGAUUUGUGGGGAGAUACUGUCAACACGGCCUCUCGAAUGGAAUCCACAUCAUUGACAAACAGAAUUCAAAUUUCUAGAUCGACCUAUGAGAGAGUUUUCGAUCUUGGCUAUGAUUUCGAAGAGCGUGAAGUGGAUGUGAAGGGAAAGGGCCAAGUGAAAGCCUAUCUACUGAAUGAACAACACCACAAGCAAGUGGAAGUCGAUCAAUGCAUCAUUGACAACGACAACCAGAUAGUGACUAACUUGAGAGAGUCCAUUUCAUUCCUUGAGAAUUGA